CUACUGGGUCUGACUCACUGCCCCUUGAAUUAAAGAAGGAAGGAGCUUUAUUAUUAUUAUGUAAAAGGAGCACAGCUGGGGAAGUCACAGGUUGCUCAACUUGCUGCAGCUUUUCCCGUAAAUCCAAAGCAGCAUUUACCCAAGUUAAGUGACAGUAUUUUAGAAAAGAUAAAUCAACAAAUGCCAACUCUUAACAAGAAUUUCACCGUGAAAUAAAUUACACAAGAUGGACAGCAGCAAAAAGCAGUUUGUGGCAAAGCCCGGCAAAGUGUCGGUGAUUUCUACCUUGCCUACCUCAGACCAGACGUCUGUCAGCAGGCACCCAACGGAGAAUGGCACCGACGGCGCUCCUUGGCAGGGCAAGACUGGCAAGUCCAACCAGGCAGACAGCUGGAAGGAAGAGAGAACUCGCAGUCUGGAGGAUAAUGAAAUGAACCUGCCGCUCCUAUCGGCUGCCUAUAGCACCAUCCUGCGGGGACUGGGUGAGGACCCCCAGCGAGAGGGACUGCUUAAAACACCCUGGAGAGCUGCCACGGCCAUGCAGUUCUUUACCAAGGGCUACCAGGAAAAGAUAUCAGAUAUAUUGAAUGAUGCUGUAUUUGAUGAAGACCAUGAUGAGAUGGUGAUCGUUAAAGAAAUCGACAUGUUCUCACUGUGCGAACAUCACUUGGUCCCAUUCUUUGGCAAGGUACAUAUAGGUUACCUUCCUAACAAGCAGGUCCUUGGUCUCAGCAAGCUUGCCAGAAUUGUGGAAAUCUACAGCAGAAGACUACAAGUGCAGGAGAGACUCACCAAACAAAUAGCAGUGGCAAUUACAGAAGCUUUACAUCCUGCUGGUGUGGGAGUAGUAAUUGAAGCAACCCAUAUGUGCAUGGUGAUGCGAGGCGUACAAAAGAUGAACAGCAAAACUGUUACCAGCACUAUGUUAGGGGUGUUCCGUGAAGAUCCCAAAACUCGAGAAGAAUUUUUAACCCUCAUUAAGAGCUGAAGCUGGCAUCCAUCUUCCAAUUUGAAGGAAAACACUGUACCUUCUUCCCCUGUCUCCUCUAGCUUAACUGUUUGUAAAUGUGGAAUUGUGUUAAGGAGUACUUACUGUUCACCCAGUGUUUCCAUGCUGGAAUAUAUUUUCAGAUGCCAUUGUUGCAACCAGAUUACAUGUGUACAUUGUCCAUAAUUAUGCACCCAAAUGAUUAGACACACUUCAUGAUUUGUAAAACCAAAGUUACUGAAACUAAAAUAUGGAAAUAUACUUUAAUGAGCAGCAAAAUAAGUCAAGGCUAGAGUUAAUUCUAGGGAUACAGAAAUACUAAAGAAAUAGAAAGAUAUGUAAGGCAGGUCCUAGAAAUUGCAAAUGGUUUAGUUAAGUGAAUGAGAUCUGUUUAUAUGUAUGUCUUUUUACUGUAGCUAGGGGUAAAGUAAAUGUUUCAGUGUGACCCAAGUGAAAUACAGGGUACUGGAAAUUUUCUGUGGUCGUCAUUGUGUGUCAUCAAUUGACACUCUGACACCUAAAAUCUAAACAUAAAGAUUUGCACUUUCAGAAAUCAGUCACUUCUGUGUCUAAUCAUGAGCUGGUGAUGCAUAGCAUUAGUUACCAUGUAUGUGUCUCAGUGUUAUAUGUUAGCUGUGUUUUAAUCAGAUGUGGUAACAUCUGUUUGAAAAUAGCACAUUUGUACAGUAUUACUUUUACAAAACUGCCAUUAUCAACACUGUCCUUUGCAGUCUCUUAUUCUAUUGUCCAGUGUAUGUAGCAAUCAUAUGUGAAGUACAUUCCCUUUUUGUUUGUUUCAGGGAAAUUUUAACUGUGUUGCUACAGUUUUGUUUACAUUUGUUCAACACACUAAAGCAGCUGAGACUUGAAUGGUUCUCUAUAAUUGAUGUCAUAUUAAUUCUUGAUGACAAUUGUGUUCAGAUCAUUGGUAGAAGGGAUGAUAUUUACAACGUAAAUGGGACAGCUGUGAUUACGAUGAAUUUACAUCUUGUUCUGUACAUUUUGGUUGGCUUUCAAUUUUUUAUUAAUCUUAUUUAAUAAGUGCAAUAAAAAGUAAAUUUAUAUGUUUAAA